AUCUAUCGCAAAAGGCAAAAGAGUCUAGCACACGUUUUUCAGCUGGUCAGCCGAUUGGCAAUUUUUUUUUAUCAGUUGCUUUCUCCUUUUCUGUUUAUUAUACGAAAAAAAAAAAACACAGCAAACGCGAUUGAGUUGCUUAUAUUGAAGGGGAAAAAAUUGACGAAUCGGUUUAAUUAUCGCUCUACCAACUGUAAAAAGAACGCAACUGAUAAUUGAGCGAGGAUCUUAACAGAUGCUUAGAAAGUAGAUGCAGCCAAAAAAAAAGAGAUCAACCGUAUCUCAGUCAAAUGGUUCAACUCGAAAAAAUCGUUAAAAUAUAAUUAGCAACAAUCAAAGCACGACUAUCAACCGUUAUCAGACGAUGAGAAACAGAUGUACUAUGUGGAAAACCAAAUCCCUACUCGUUGUGUGACAUUCUUGCAUGUGUUUGCUUACAUAUGAAUUACGCGAUACGCUUCAUACACAUCGUGUACUGUAAAAAGAAAUACGACAACGACGAAAGAAGAAAAAGAAGAAGAAAGAAAAAAAAACAGCGACAGCACAAAUCAUACACUGUAACCCGAAUGUGAAAUGUUGCCGUUUCAAUUUGAAUUUUAGUCGGUAAAACGAAUGAGUCUGACAAUGAUCGCAUUUUUGUGCUAAGGAAUCGCGCUAUCGAACACUGUCCUCAUACACAGAAUUUUUAUUGUGACCCCACAUCAUCGUUGUGCAAAGAAAAACAAAAAAACAAAACCCUACGAUAAUCGUCAAACAAAAACAAAAUCAGAUAAAUAAACGAAUGACAAUAUAGAAGGCUCCGCUCUCUCUUUUUCUCACUCGCACAUAUAUACAAAAAGAUUCUGAACUAAAUUAAAUGUGAAGUGAAUUAGUGCGUUAUUUUUAGUUCGUUUUGUUAAGAACUGAAAAAAAAAAACCGACAACGACGAAUGUACAAUUUGACCAACUGACGGUCAUUCGCUGUAUAAUACACGUGAUAAAUAAACGACACCAAAUCACCGACAUCAAUUCGAAGAAUUUUAUUGAUAACAUGCAUGCUCACACUGCGUGUGAUCGAUAAGAUUGAAUUGGAUGAUAAAUGAUUUCAAAAAAAAAAAAAAAAUAAUGUGUCACCAGCGAAGUUCAAGCAACAAGUGAAAAAAAUUCGAAGUGACCAAACGAAAAGUAAAAAAAAAAUCAUAUCACCGUCAUCACAUAUAAUUGCUAUUAAAGUCGUCUUCUCAAUCAAAAUCAGCUGAUUCAUAUGUUUAAAUUUUUGUUGCACAAACGAUGAAAAGAAUGCCCUGUUGAAAUUUUCAUUAAAAUUAUUAAAUUUUUCAAGAGGAAGAAAAAAAAAAACAAAUGAACAUAGAUCUCGGUGUGUCAAUUAAUUAUUUAAAAAAAUUUAAUAAAAAUUAAACACAUUUUUUAUGCUAUAUGAUUUUGUCAUAUGUACACACAGGUUGCAGUUUUUGUUUAUUUGAAGAAAGAGUGUGUGCAAGAGUGCAAGAUUGUAAACACUUCCUAUUUACAAAGAAGCAAGUUUAUCGUUUGAUAUUACACCGAAAACACGCACACAAACAUACACACAUCGUGUACACUAUCAACACAUCGAAUCAUAAAUCAGCUUAAAGAGCAACUAAAAAAAAAAAAAAGUGGCCUAUGAUUUUAUUAGUUCGGUAAUAUUGUGAUAAAUGAACGUGUCUUCAAUUCGUACAUACAUUUAAUAGAGAGUGUCUAUGCAUCCCGAUUGAUUCUGAAAUUAUAUCGUGUAUAGGAAAAAAAAUGAAAUUUAAAUAUAAAUGAACCGUAUAGCGUAAAAAAAUAUAUAUAUGAAAUAGACUAUAGAGAAUCAAUUGACGCCAUGAAUUUCAAACGAUGACUGACGAGAACAAGUGAAUUAUUUGAACUUGUAUCCAUCCGUGUUGUUUUUAUAUAAAUAUAUAUAUAUUUUGCGAUUGCUAAUUCGUGCAGUGUGAAAACACAUUAUAAUUGCAUCGGCGUGGUCGCUAACGCAAAUUCAACAAUUACUAGUUUACAUUUAAACAGUCGCAAUUGCAAACGAAUUUUUAUUUUUUCGUGAAGAAAAAAUGUAUUUCGUUUGACAUUUGCAUUGACUUGAUAUUUGGAAUUGAAUCAAAUUGUGACAAAACUGGACACUGUGUUGUCGUUUUCUAUUGUUUACAUUGUGUAAAAAAAAAUUCAACGAAUCUACGAUCAAUAUACAAAUUACAAGCAGCUACACAAACAAAAACAACAAAAAAUUAACAUAAUUUUUCGAGAGCGACUGCAUUCAAACGAAAAAGAAAAAGAUAUAAACACACAGAAAGAAAGACCUUGACCAAAGCAUUACAUAAAAUUUCAACAAUAAUUGUUGAUCGGUUGUUUUUUGAGUGAAUACGCCGAUAUUUUAUUUGGCACUGCUAAAUAUUACAUGAUUAUUUUAUUUAUUUCGGACAAAUAUCAAUUCAUCGAUAAAUUGCGAAAGCGCGGGAGAUACGCGCUUUCAGAAGACAUCAUUUCUGUUUUGGCAUAAAUCACCCAACAUACCGAUCCGGAUCAUCACGUAACAGUUUAAAUUGUUGUGUAUGUGUGCGUUUAUGCAAAGCGUUACAGCUGUUCAUCAAUAGACGAUAAACCAAGUGGUGUCAACAACAUACCAUUUUUUUGCGGCAAAUAAAAAAAAACUACUCUACAUCUUUUUUUGUCGAGAAAGAGUAAAAAAGGAACAACAAAAAGCGAAAACGAGAAGGAAAGAGUGACCAGAAAUAAGUAUAUCAACAAAACCGAAAGCAAUGGAUUCGAUUACAACGACCAAUACGAUUUCACUGAACUGUGACAUUGAAUUAACAAACAAAGUACUGAGCCUUCAUGCAAAGCAUUUUACGCGACCCCAUGAAAAUCAUAGCAAAUAUGAGCUAAUAUCAAAAAGUUGUCAAGAUCGUAUCAAUGCUGUAGUUAACAUUGCCAUAGACCUAAUAUCCUAUUUAAUAAAUUUAUGCGCAUCGUUCGGCUGGCAAAGUGCACACACAAUCUAUUGUGUGAAAUUCAUUCGACUUAAUCAACGGGCAUUGUUGCACCAUUUGAAAAGCAUUCGCUUAGUUGAACACAUUAAAUCAAUCGGCAUCGAUUUGAUCAAAAAUGCUCAAUGGAUAUUAUAUCCAAUCGUAUAUAUGAUGAGGCGGAAGAGCCACUUUGAUGGAGAAAUUGACAACGGCGAUGACAACGAUGGCGACAGCGACAACUGUGAAAAUGCGUCUAACGCAACGAAAUACCAUAGCAAUAACAGCUCCACCAAUAACAAUAGCCAUAAUAGGAGUAAUGAUACAAAUAAUAAUAGCGAUAGUAACAAAACCAUAACACAAAACGAUGACGAUGCGGACGAAAUUGAUAAUGUUUCGUUGGAAAUUUUAUGGGAACCAAAAUGUGGCUCACAAAUAACAGCCGAUGUUGUUUUCAUUCAUGGUUUACAUGGAUCGAGUGACAGUACAUGGAAACAGGGUGAAUGGGAUUAUAAACCGCAAACCGCAAACGAUAAUUUUAUACAAAUCACACAUCAUGAACAACAUAAUGACAGUUCAAAGCAUCAACAUGAUACGCAUCAUCACAUACAAACCGAUGAUAAUACAACAAACGCCACCAACAAUAACCAUUUUAAUUCGGCAACUUUGGAAUCAUUAUCACAAUGUUGGCCCAAAGAUUGGCUGCCCAUUGAUUUUCCAACAGCACGCGUAUCAGCCAUCAAUUAUGACACCGAUCCACAUUUAUGGCGACCCAUUUGGUAUCCAAGUCGUAAACGUUCGAGCCUUGCGAUUCGUGCAAUGAAAAUGAUUCGCAUUUUAGUUGAACAUAAAAUCGGUGUUAAUCGUCCAAUUAUCUGGGUUGGCCAUUCAAAGGGUGGUUUGUACAUCAAACAGAUUAUCGUUAAUGCACACGAAUGCAACGCAUAUUGGUUAUGGAAAUCAUCAAGUGCUGUACUUUUUUAUUCGGUGCCACAUCGUGGAUCACCGCUUGCCGAAUUAAAUUUGCCAUUAUUAACGCGUUCCAUUGAAAUGAUUGAAAUUCAAAAAAAUUUUUCCACAAUAAUGGACCUUCAUAGAAGAUUCGUGGCAUUGUGUCGCCGCGGAAUUCUUAAUAUGGAUGUGUUUAGCUUCAUUGAAAUGAAAUUCACUGAAUUAUCGGUGUUCUAUUUACGAAUAAUUGGCGUUGAUUCAGGCGAUCCGGGUAUUGGUCGCGUAGCAAAAGUUCCACUGGACCAUUUAGACGUGUGUAAGCCUCGAAAUCGUGACUGUUUCCUCUAUCGUCAAUUGGCAAAAAUGAUUAAAUGUGCGAUGCAUGCACACACUCGUCCCAUACUUAAUGCAUUCGAUGCCGAUAACUAGAGUCUAUCUAUUUAGACAGAUGAGAAGAGAGAGAGAGAGAAAGAACAAUUCUUUUGCUUGUCAAAUAAAAAAUUGUUUCUAUACUUUGUUCAUUAUUUAAUAAGUAUUGACCUCCGUUUAUGUAUAUAAGUAUAAAGUGCAAAUUUAGUAAAUAUAAUAAGUGUUAAAAAAAACUCGUCAAAAAUAAUAAUAAAAAAAAGAAAAUUGUGUUAUUUUGCCUCAGGA